CGCUCACCUCACGCGCCAACUCACAGCAUCGAGCCUCACCAUUGAUAUCUUAUAUCUAACACUGCAGUCCUUCUUGAAUACACUAGUGAAAAAUGUCAUCAACUACGCGAGCGGUCCUAGACCGGGUUUACCUGGUUUACUUUCUGAUCCAUAUUCCCGUUAUGCUCUGCGUCGACCUAGUCCCGCUGUACCCGCACUCUCUGUGGCAGCCCUCGGGCGCGCCUCUCCGGUUCCUGGGGGAGUUGCGCGAGUACUACGUGGCGACGUACAACGACCAGUUCUUCAAGCCGCCGCCGGCGGAGAUCCCGAGCUUUUUCACGCUUUUCGCCUUCUUUGAGCUGACGUUCCACCUGCCCGUGUCGCUGUGGGCCGUCAGCGCGCUCAAGGGAGGUAGAUUACGCUCUGGCGGCGCUGAGCUGAUGCUGCUCGUUUAUGGCCUGCAGACUGCCAUCACGACUUUUACGUGUAUGUACGAUGCUGCGCUGUGGGACCCAGCUGUUGUCACUUUUGAGCAGAAGAGGACGCUGGUUGGGGGCCUUUAUGGGAGCUAUUUUGCUCUAUCUGUCAUUCUAACUGCUGAUAUGUACGGUCGUGUCUUGAAGCGCAUGAAGAUCGCAGAUGCGGUCAAAAAAGCGCAAUAGUUCCCUGUCGCAUAAUCUAGUCAAGCAGUUCACCUAGCGUAUUGGACAAGCUAUGUGAUAUAUAUGGUGUCACGGUAUGGAUAGAUAAUGGUAUAGAAUUUGGCGGAUACAAGGCUUCCAAAAGGAAGAGCCGAUGCCGUAGGUAUUUCAAAUUUGAACCCU